AUGGAGUUGGAAGAUGGGUCAACAGAUAUUGUGCACCCCGAGGUGCGAGCGCACAUCAUCAGUCUUGUCUCUGCACUUGGAGGUUUAAGUGUCGAUGACGGGCAUUACGAACUCGGAGACGACGCCUUUGAGGUACUCCGUGAUCUCAAACGAUGGAUACGUUUCUACGACGAAAAGACGAACCGCAUGGACGUUGCGCGAUGCAUCUACGACGGGAACCUAAUCGCGGGUGACUUGCUCCCCAUUCUUGCGACAUGGCCCGAAAACGCUACGGACAGCAAGUUCAAAGCCAGAAUGGCCCUUGCAUGCUUCGAACUCAUGGUUCCCCUUACGUGGCCCAUGGAGAAAGAUAGAGAACAAAUGACGGUCAACCACCAUCGACACAUGCCCGUCUUGCAGAUGGCACAGGUCAAAUACAAGCGAGCCAUCAUCAACUUCGACGGAGCUCGCAUACUUCAUACAGCCAUACGAGUGGCAUUGCCUUCCAUGGCAGUUCCAAUCGGCGAUCGAACACAACGCGAUUCAGGCAUCAUUAAGCUUAUCUUGUUCUUCCUUCGAAACGUUGCCAUGAUAGAGCUUCCACCCCAUGUUAAAAACCAAACAGACGGGUUCCUGGUAUCCCGAUCUGCUACUAUCGAUGCGUUCUCAUACCAGGACAUCUUUCACGUGCUCCUGACCCUUGCUUCCAAUAUGGGAGACGAUUUCCGAACCGAGGACACAACCGUCAUGGAGAUUAUAUACCACUUGGUGAAGCAAGUGGACACGGAAAGGCUUUUCAUGAACGAGCAACAGCUUAGCAAGGCCAGCACCGGAGAACUAGCCAGCAUGAUGAGCAAGGAAGAAUCUAUGUUGAAGGCGUACAACCGAAAGGGUCCCACUCGUCACAACCGAUUUGGUACAAUGAUUUGGGUGAAGCGAGAGGACGGCAAGAUGUCGUCGCUUUCAGGGCAGGAUGCGCUGGCCGACGCUUCGCUAAGAAACCAGAAGAUGGAUAGUUCAAAGACCCAUAGACCUCCUCGUCGCCCAAGAAAGGCCACCAAGGAUGACAAGGAUUUCGGACUACCGCCCAAGUUGGACUCUCGUGCCUACGGCCAGCUACGAUCGUUCGUGGAGGAUUUCCUCGACUCAGGCUUUAACCCUCUUUUCCAACAUGUCCGCAAGACAAUCGACCGAGAAGCGUCACAUGUAAUGCCCUAUCAUCGUCGCCAAUUCUUCUAUGUGGUUUCUUGGUUUCUUGAAGCCGAGCGUAUGAGACGAAAGGCAAACAAGCAGUCUGGAAAGAACAUAAGCGAGGAUGUCAGCAGUUUCAACCUUAUCGCGGGUGUUCUUGACCAGGAAAUGUUCAUCACUCUUACGAAGGCCCUCCACGAGUCAAUUGAGAUGAAGGACUGGAAUGAAUUAACAGCUAUUAUGCGAUGCUUCACCCAAAUACUUCUUACUGUCCAUGAAAUGUCUGCUUCGGGUAAUGAAGACGACGAGGAGAUCGCCGAGAACGUGCUCAGUCGUCUCUUCUACGAAGAAGCAACUCACGACGCAAUCGCCAACAUCAUCAGAAACUACAAAGACCAGGGCUUCCAGUACCUCGACGCUGCUACGGAACUCGUACAUCACUUUCUCCGUAUUCUCGAAUCGUACUCCAAACAGAAUAUCGACAUGCAAGUUCGUUCGCGACAGCGCACCAGACGGAAGAAGAAGGCAGCACAAGAUGCUGCAGGCGUGGAAAAUGAUAAUGAAGAGAACGACGGCUCAGACAAUGAUGCUGAGUCUGCUGAGAAGAGUACCAAAGAACGCAAGUUCGAUUUCUCUCGUUUUGCCAACCGUUUUACACCGCAAAGUGUGGUUGACACAUUUGUUGCCUUUACGAAAUACUACCGCGAUCUGUCCGAUGCACAACUGAAACGAGCCCACCGAUACUUUUACCGAAUAGCAUUCAAGUCGGAAGCUAGUAUCAUGUUGUUUCGUGUCGACAUCAUCCACCUCUUUUACAACAUGAUACAGGGUCAGGCUGCGCUUGACAAGUCUUCUAGUAUGUUCAAGGAGUGGGAAGAGCUAGUGAAGCAAAUCCUCCGAAAAUGCUUCAAAAAGCUUGAGAAACGCCCCGAACUUCUCGUAGAGAUGCUCUUCAGCAAGGCAGGAAGCACUGCUUUCUUUCUCGAGUACGGUUAUGAAAGACAGACGGUCUCCACAGUCAACAAAGCCAAGCCUGGAGCCGAGUUGGCUUUCAAGAACACCGAAGAGUUGGACCGUCAAAUUGCCAUCGUGGUGGGUGCUAUGCUGGACAAGAAUCAAGCAGACCAUAUUGCUUGGAUCAAGAAAACUCUUAGUGAGGCUGAGAGCGAACGUCGAGCCUUUGCGGCUGCUGAAGAGGCAAUGGCGUCGAUUGAACCUCCGCAAGAGGAUCCGGAAGAGGAUUCUGAACAACAACCAGUAGAGUCUGGACCGAAGUUGCCCCCAAUCUUCUUUGUUCGUCCGGAUGACAAGGACCGCCGGACUGCCAUGUUCAAGAAUUCCCAUAUGCGACUUCUGAUGAACCUCACUGGAAUAACACUACUAGGCUCAGCUGCGGAUGAGACGCUUGAAUCUGUAUGGAUCAUAUCUUCAGAAGUGUCGGCAGAUGUCCUCCAAGAUGCCCUCCAUUAUAUCAACCAAGCCGAGUUCAGCCCGCCGACAUUCGAGGAGGGCGUUCUCGCAGAGCACCAGCUAAAACGCAAAACCGUUCCACGUCAAAAGGCAGUAUUCGAUGACGAUGGUGAAAGCUCUGACGAUGGCGGAAUGUUCGAGGCCGGCGGCCCUACAGUGCGUAAAGUCAUCGACGACGAUAAUCAGCCUAAGAAGUCGUCCAAGAAACGGAAACCCCGUAAAAAACUCACCGAGGAGGAAAAGAAAGCAAGGCGUAAGGAAAUGCGCAGUAACAAGAAGGAAAAAGCAUUGAGUUACAAAUCAUCAAAAUAUGUCAGCAGGGAGGACGACGAAACCGACUCGGAGGCCGAUGAAGCUUUCUUCGCCCAAGAACGCGAGCAGGCAAAACGUGCACCAGUCAAGUUACUUGCUGAGGGAAUCGCUGCGAAACAGAAGCCUGCGAAAAAGAUCCCGAGAAAGCGUACAGCUGCUGAAAGCGAAUCAAGUGGUGAAGAUGACUCCACUGCCAGUACGGAUGAAGAAGAAGAUGAAGACGAAGACGAAGACAAUGACAACAACAGCGAGAAUGACGCUGGUAUAGACUUUAUUCGCAGGGCAAUGAAUGGUACUCUUGUAGAGGAUGAGGAUGAAGAGAUAGAACAAACGUUGCCAGAUGGCAGCGAUGGCGAGAGUCGAAAGAGGAGACGUAUUAGUGAGAAAAAAACGCAGCCUGGCGAGGACCAACAAAUGGGUGGAAUGGACAACAACAAGGCGGGUGAGGAUGAAGAUGAGGAUGAAGUACCUGUUGUUUCCCGAAGACCUCGUCCUCAAAGACGGGGUCCGUUCGAGGAUGACUCGGAUGACGAGUAG